AUGUCCUUGCAACCGCGCAUGUUUGUACCCUUGCCACUGUUCUCAGACGAAACGGCGAAGAUGCGCGCAAAGGCAGAAUUCAAGGUGCUGGACUCCAGCUAUUAUGGCGUGCGCGGUUCUUGGGCGUACCCAUUGUGCACGGGUAUCUGUGUGUCGUAG